UACAACUGAGACACUGGUGAGGGGUGUCCCAUUUCACCAUUUGUCACUUCACCCUUCACAUUUCCCCCCUUUCUCUCUCUCUCUCACUCACUCACAGCAAUGGGAGGUGAGAGCCAAGACUACAGGAAGAAGGAGACCUUCGCAUUGGCGGCAGUCUUAGUCUUUGCAUCCCUCUCCGUUGCUUCAGUUCUUGUAACCUUAACAUACUACUGCUACUUGCGCCACCAACUCUCCAAGCGUGCCAAGAUCCAGCAACAAAAGAGCUACCAUGAGGAGAAAGCUAGCGACUUUGCCAACAUCCAAGUUGCUACAGAGAGAGGGCUUCAGGUGUUUACUUUCAAGCAGCUGCAUUCGGCCACCGGUGGAUUUGGGAAGUCGAAUGUGAUUGGCCGGGGUGCGUUCGGGCUUGUGUAUCGAGGAGUUCUUCAAAAUGGGAGGAAGGUUGCAGUUAAGCUGAUGGAUCAAGCUGGACAGCAGGGUGAAGAUGAAUUCACUGCAGAGGUGGAACUGUUGGGGCGGCUAUCUUCUCCGUAUCUGCUCUCGUUGAUUGGCUUCUGUUCGAAGAGCAAUAGUAAACUGCUCGUUUAUGAGUUUAUGGCGAAUGGAGGACUGCAGGAACAUUUGUAUCCCAUCAGUGGUAAUAAAGCAAUGCCUUCGAAUCUAAACUGGGAAACUCGACUGCGGAUAGCUUUAGAGGCCGCCAAAGGUUUGGAGUACCUCCACGAGCAUGUCAGCCCCCCGGUGAUCCAUCGAGACUUCAAAAGCAGCAACAUCCUCCUCGACAAAAACUUCCACGCCAAAGUCUCUGAUUUCGGACUGGCAAAGCACGGUCCUGAGAAAGCUGGCGCACAUGUUUCCACGCGCGUCUUGGGCACACAGGGAUACGUUGCACCUGAAUAUGCUUUAACCGGGCACCUGACCACAAAGUCGGAUGUCUAUAGCUACGGGGUUGUCCUCUUGGAGCUGCUGACCGGCAGAGUUCCCGUGGAUAUGAAGAGGCCUCCCGGGGAAGGCGUUCUCGUAUCUUGGGCGUUGCCCCACCUUACGGAUAGAGAUAAGGUCGGGGAGAUCAUGGAUCCGGCAUUGGAGGGUCAGCAUUCGAGGAAGGAGGUGAUUCAAGUGGCGGCCAUUGCUGCGAUGUGUGUGCAGCCGGAGGCUGAUUACAGGCCGCUGAUGGCGGAUGUCGUGCAGUCGUUGGUUCCCUUAGUGAAGCAUCAUCGACCGUCCGGAGCAGGUAACUCGGCAACCCCUCUUGCUACGCCAUCUCCUACGGCGUGAGGCGUGGUUUGGAUGGAAGAAGUUGGGAAUAAAUGGUUCUUAGAUUUCAUUCCACUUUGAUGUUUUGUAAUGUUACCUAACUUUUGAAUUUUUUGUGAUCAAACCUUUUUAUGUUGUCUAAUAAUUAGCUUUGCUUUACAAGA